CUCAAUCAAUUGCUUAACCAAAUCACCACAAUAAAGCUAGAUAGAACCAAUUACUUGUUGUGGAAAAACCUAGCCUUACCCAUAUUACGAAGUUACAAACUAGAGAGACACCUCUCCGGCGAGCACCCAUGCCCGCCCAUGUUUGUGCAACAGUCGAUUGGUAAUAUGGAAACAAGCCAAACGAACAUAUCUGCACCAUCGAGUUCCUCUAUAGCAACAGAAGCAGCCAUCAAUCCACUAUAUGAGUCAUGGGUAACUACCGACCAGCUACUUCUUGGUUGGUUGUACAACUCUAUGACUCCAGAAGUUGCAACACAGGUGAUGGGGUACGAAAAUGCUUGUGAUUUAUGGGCUGCCAUACAAGAACUCUUUGGAGUACAGUCUCAGGCGGAAGAAGAUUAUCUCCGUCAAGUAUUUCAACAAACUCGAAAAGGUUCUCUUAAAAUGACUGAUUUUUUGCGUGUUAUGAAGUCUCAUGCAGACAAUUUGGGUCAAGCUGGAAGCCCCGUACCCACUCGAUCUUUGAUUUCUCAAGUUUUGCUGGGAUUAGAUGAAGAGUAUAAUCCUGUGGUAGCAACGAUCCAAGGAAAACGAGGCAUUUCGUGGCCUGAAAUGCAAGCCGAAUUCAGAAGUGUAAGUGGUGGAAACCAACGUCAAAAUCAAAACUCUCAGCCACCAUUCAACAACAAUCGGGGGGGUGGUCGAAAUUGAGGUAGAGGACAGUGGAACAACAACAAUAGUCGGCAAAUUUGUCAGGUGUGUGGUAAACCUGGACAUUCAGCACUAACGUGCUACCAUCGAUUUGAUAAGGAGUACAGGAACAAUACACAAAGCCAGGGUAAAAACUUCAAUGGCGACUCUAACCAGGGGGUUAACAACAACUCUGGACAAGGUACA